AUGCCCAGGCGGAAACCGACAACUAAGGUGGUGGAAGAGGAGGAGGAGGAGGAAGAAGAAGAAGAAGAUAUCGAUGGCGAAAACGGAGGAUCGCGACCGAAGCGAAAGCGCAAUCCUUCACUCAAGCUUCGCGAGAUCGUCGAGGAUGGGGACGUGAUCGUCGCUGCCGCGCCCAAGCGCAGGAAGUCCGCGACCACCGACGACGAGGAGAUGACCAUAGACCCGAGCCCCGUCGAGUCCGAUCCCGAACCACAGCCGGCCGCAACGCCCAAGCGGAAAGGCAGGCCGCCCAAGUCUGCAUCCGCCUCCGCCGCCGGCACGCCGACGGGGAAGAACGCCGAAACACCCUCGCGGCGGGGCAGGCCGAGCAACACGGCCGCGAUCACGCCCUCGCGGCUGCUCGACGGCCACGGCAUCACCCCGAGGAGGCGCAGCGCCGCCGACCGCUCCGCCCGCAAAAAGAGCAUGCGCGCCCUCAUCCGCAACGUCGUGGACGACGAGAGCAGCGGGGACGAGGAGCAGGAGAGGCUCGCCCGGCGAAUCUACGAAUCCUCGGACGACGACGACGACGACGACGCUGACGGCGAGGGCAGGCGGAGCGCGAGGGACACCGACGCCGACGCCACCGAUGCCGCCUCUGCCACGGAGCCCGAUACCCCCUCGAAGCGCACGCCGGGCCGCCGUCCGGGCCGCCCGCGCAAGGUGAGGUCGCCCUCGCCGCCGCGGCACUUGCCACCGCACGAGAUGUACUUUUUCCACAACAAGCCCGGCAAGGCCAAGACGUCAGACAACACGCUGGGGUCGUCGGGCCUGCUCACGCACGACGAAUACUUUGGGUUCUGGCGAGACUACGAGAACCCCCACGCCGAGAACCUCGCGUUCCUCGAGUCCAUCCACCUCGCCUCCUUCCCCCAGUGGGAGUUUGAAAUGUCCGAGGGCUUCACCGUCUGCCUCUACGGCAUGGGCUCCAAGCGCUCCCUCCUGCGCAAGCUGGCCGCCCACAUGCACGCCGCCAGGGUCCCCGGCGAGGACCUCAAGAUCGUCGUCGCCAACGGCUACGUCCGCACCGUCACCCCGCGCGACAUACUCUCCGCCGCCUGGUCCGCCCUCCUCCCGGACACCCCGCCCCCGCCCAACCCCUCGCCAUCCUGCAAGGCAUCGCCGCCCACCUCGCCGACGACCCCGCCGCCUCCCUCGUCCUCCUCGUCAACUCCAUCGACGCGCCCCCGCUCCGCAAGCCCGCCGCCCAGGCCCUCCUCGCCCAGCUCGCCGCCCUGCCCCGCGUCCGCGUCGCCUGCUCCGCCGACACCCCCGAUUUCCCCUCCUCUCGAGGUCGUCGACGACGUCCACGAGCUCCUCGGCCGCGCCGCCCGCCGCGCCGGCGGUCGCGAGGCCGUCACCUUUGUCCUCAAGAGCUUGACCCAAAACGCCCGCAGCCUCUACGCCCUCCUCGUCGCCGAGGUCAUCACCGCCCUGGAUGAGGGCGGCGGAGCCGGAGGCGAGGACAACCCCGGCCUCGAGUACAAAACUCUGUACAACAAGGCGGUAGAAGCCUUUGUCUGUCCUAGUUCCGAGAUGGCCUUCCGGCAGCUUUUACGAGAAUUCCAUGAUCACCAAAUGAUUACAAGCACCAAAGACGCCCUUGGUACGGAGCUCAUCAGCGUGCCCUUCCGGCGGGACGAGUUGGAGGCCAUCCUCGAGGACAUUGAGUCGUAG